CCGGGCUGCUCGCACAGCGACUGACGUAGAUGCGGCGACAAGGUGGCCCAGCUUGCUGAGAGCCACCGCAUGGCUGGGUUUCAGAAGUUGCGUAUAUAUAAUCAGAGGUAAAUAAAUAGAUUAUCGAGUCAGAAGUCGCGGCCAGCUCCAGUCUGUGUCCACCGAAUACACAAGGCCGGGUGAGUGUCGUGAUCGCCUGCUCCACACGGACCAGUCGUCGCAAAAACUUCGGCGGCACACUGUGUCUCUUCCUCAAUUGCUUCAGGAAGGAAAGCUGCUGGCCUCAAUCUUCAAGCUGAACUGCGAAAGAAAAGGAAAAGGAAAAGUGAGUGAGGGCGUUGGGAUCUGGCGUGUCCCUGGACUUGCGGAGACCAACCAACCCAUAUCGGAAUCUGGCAACCGAAUGCUGACUGUUUGAUACCUCUCAAUUAGCUCUGUCAUGUCAUUCAAUCAAAGACGACGAGUUCUGAAGCCUCUUCUCUAUACAGCGGGAGCUGUUGUUGGUGGUGGAGGACUUCUCUACAUCUCAUAUCGACCGCGCAACCUCCCUGGUUCCGAUCCUGCCGCCGUCCCUCCGCCGACUACUCUCGGUGGAAAGCUUCAGCCGCCUCAGUUUCCCCUCAUCAAGUCGCGCGAUGAGCAGAUCAAUGACUUGAGAAGGCACUCCGCUACGGCGCUGCCCAUAAAAGCUUUACAGGGCGUAGUUGAAUCAGCGCAGGGACAACCGCAGAGUUCAGCCGAGAGCUCCGAGAGCUCUGGAGAAGGAAAGGAAGACGACAAUGUGUAUGAUAUUCUGGUGAUCGGUGGAGGGGCUACUGGGUCUGGAAUUGCUCUCGAUGCUGCAACACGAGGCCUCCGUGUUGCUCUGGUCGAGCGCGAUGACUUCAGCGCCGGGACAAGUAGCAAGAGUACCAAGCUGGUUCACGGAGGCGUCCGCUACUUGGAGAAGGCGGUUUGGGAGAUGGACUACAACCAGUAUGUUCUCACCCGCCUUGUUAUCAUCCCCUUCCAUGGCUGA